UGUUAGUCGCUAAUUGGGAUCCACACGGGACAGAAUUUUAGACAGCCCCGAGACGACGAAAUCGUUCCGCGCAUUUUCUAAUCAACUUCGAUGGCCUGCUGAAAGAAUCUGCGCCUCAAGCUGAGCUGUGAUAUAAAUCCUCAUUUAAAUAGAAAUCGCAACCGUUCCGAAAAUAGUCGCCCUCAAUUGCUCGCGUUUAGUGCGUCUUGAGAAAAAUGCAUUCCCUGGUUUUAUUUGGACUUUUAUGCGGUGCUCUGGUGACUCUUAGCUGGGCAGCAGUCACAACCCAACCGCCUCCACUGAUUCGAACUCUCAGCGCUGGAGGAGACAUAGGACCCCAGUUUGAGGUGGAAAAACCCAAGGAACCCGAAGAUGCGGAAUUCUGGCACAAAGUGGCGCUAAGGCAGCUGGAGAAGACCAUUAAGCAGGCGCAACGGGUGAAGGAGGAUUCCUACCAGAAGAAAGCCCGAAAUAUCAUCAUCUUCAUUGGAGAUGGCAUGGGCAUAUCCACGAUAAGUGCUGGUCGCAUCUACAAAGGACAGUAUCUGAAGCACGGUUAUGGAGAGGAGGAAACUCUGGCUUUCGACGACUUCCCAAACACUGGAAUGGCCAAGACCUACAAUGUGGACAAACAGGUUCCGGAUUCAGCGGGCACGGCCACGGCGAUCUUUUCGGGUUCGAAGACCCAUUACGGAGCCAUUGGAACGGAUGCCACUCGCUCGAAGAAGAAUGCCCAGCAAGGCAGGGUCCAAAGCGUCAUGGAGUGGGCCCAGAAGGAGGGAAAGCGCACGGGAAUUGUCACCACCACCAGGAUCACCCAUGCCACGCCCGCUGCCACUUACGCCCAUAUUUACGAUAGAGAUUGGGAAUGCGACACGGAAGUUCCCGAAGAGUCAAAGGGCAUUCAUGUGGAUAUAGCCCGCCAGUUGGUAGAAAAUGCUCCGGGAAAUCGUUUCAAUGUCAUCCUGGGAGGAGGAAUGUCCCCAAUGGGCAUACUUAAUGCUUCGGAGGUUAAGACCACGAUUUUCGAAGGACCCACGGAAACCAUUUGCCGGCGUGGCGAUAAUAGGAAUCUUCCUGCCGAGUGGCUAGAUCAUCAUGCCAAUGAUACAGUUCCUCCAGCUUUGGUCCACAACCGCCAGGAUCUCCUUAAAGUGGAUGUUAAGAAAGUGGAUCAUUUGAUGGGUCUGUUCCGAAACAACCAUAUUACUUACUCCGUGGCUAGAGAGGUGGGAGAACCUUCUCUGCGGGAAAUGACCGAGACAGCCUUGGGAAUCUUGGAGAGGGGUGAUGAGUCCAAAGGAUAUGUGCUCCUCGUCGAAGGAGGUCGCAUUGACCAGGGUCACCAUAUGAACUACGCCCGAGCUGCUCUCCAUGAACUGUAUGAAUUCGAUUUGGCCAUUCAAGCAGCUGUGAAUAACACCGAUCCCGAAGAAACUUUGAUCCUAGUCACGGCAGAUCACUCCCAUGCGGUGACCUUCAAUGGCUAUGCCCUCCGAGGAGCUGACAUCCUGGGAGCAGCCAACUCGCACGAGAAAAACGAUCCCAUGGUCUAUGAGACCAUCUCGUAUGCCAAUGGUCCUGGCUAUUGGGACCACUUGGCCAACGAUUCGAGACCUCAAAACAGUUCCAACAUGUGGAUGCCCCUAAAGCAGUUCACGGAGGAGGAGCGGGCUGCCCCCACUUAUCGCCAUUUGGCCACAGUUCCCAGAAAGGACGAGACUCACGGCGGUGAGGACGUGGCUGUUUUUGCCUAUGGACCCGGUUCCAGUUUGAUUCGCGGGGUCUUUGAGCAGAACUAUCUGGCCUAUGUGAUGAGCUAUGCGGGCUGUUUGGGUCCCGCCAAGGACUUCGAUGAUUCCUGCGAGGAUCACAAGGAUGUGGGGAAAGAACAAUCGCAGGAAAAACCCAACCUAGGCAAAAGUAGUGCCACCGUUUUGGGAGCCUCUUUGGUUACCAUUUUGGCUACUGGCACAGCGGCCCUUCUACGCGGUCACAUGCUGUAAUUAAUGUUGAUUUGAUUAUAUUAAUUGUAAUUAAAGAUUAUAGUCUUA